CACUAAGCCUGUGAUUAUUUUUAAUUGUUAGUAAGUUACUGGGCCAAGGCUUGUGGAUUUAGUGUGCUCAGAGGAUUCUCUUUGGGUUAUGGUUUGUUAUCACUAUAAGAAUACAAGUAUGGUAACCAAAGUCCAAGAUAUUAUGAGGGUAGUAUUGCGGUCGAUACUCUCGCCCAAGAGGAAGACUCUUUGUGCUGGUCGGCGGCAGCAGAUGGACGGUUCUCUACGAAGUCGACCUAUGAGCUGCUGACGGCUCCUAACCUGCAGCCGAGGGAUGAGAUCUGGAUGGUGAUCUGGGGCUUGCCAGUGCCGGAGAGGAUUAGGUGUUUAAUUUGGUUGGCUAUUCAGGGCAAGAUAGCAACCAAUGUUCUCCGAGCUCAGAGGAAGGGAGCAGAUUCACCUAUGUGUUUACGUUGCACAGGGCAGCCUGAGACGGUUCUUCGCAUCCUGAGGGACUGCGCCUUUGCGCUUUUCUUCUGGUCCAGACUUGUGCCACAGCAGAAGCAACAUGAUUUCUUCAGCGCCCCUCACGAGAGUUGGUUCCGCAUCAAUCUCUUGAGCAAGGAGACGACCAGCUCAGGUAUUAAUUGGCCUGGUUUUUUCAGCAUGGCUUGCUGGUUAUUAUGGAAAAACCGCACCACUAUGGCGUUCAAGGGUCCUAGCGCAACUUUGACCGCUCCUUCGCUCUUGCACUCCAUUAUGGUUAAGAGCAAGCUUUGGAACGACUCCUAGCAUGUCCCAGACCCCUUCUCCAACCACAAGAAGCAAGGGACGAAGCGGGUUAUGGCGGAUAUCGGUUGGGCGCCCCCUGCGGAGGGUUGGGUUCUGGUGAACACGAAUGGGGCUUCUAAUGGUUAUCCGGGACCAGCCGGUGCUGGUGGGGUGAUUAGAGGACCGCUGGGUAACUGGUUGGGGGGUUUUGUGGCAGGUAUUGGCUCGGCAACUGCCGUUUUGGCUGAACUGUGGGCUAUAUAUUAUGGUUUGGAGCUCACGUGGAAGCUCGGUCAUCGGAUGGUGAAGUUAAUCCAAAACGUUUUGGUAAAUAGAUAUAGAAGAAUAAGGAGCUCUUGGACGAUUUGUGAUGUCCUGGGUCGUGAGAGUCUUGACCAGGCCCGGGCCAGGCCCUGUGCUGGUCUGACCCACAGCACAGGGCCUCAAAAUAUUUGGGGCCUCAAAGCCCAUACCUAAUACACAUAUAUAAUUUUUUUUAGGAAACGUAGAGGCCUCUGCUCCGCCUCUUAACUUCCCCUUCCCUUCCCAAAAUCAUCAAUCAUUUCCCCAGAAAUCUCCUCCACUGCUCCGCCUCUUAAUCUCCCCUUCCCUUCCCAAAAUAAUCAAUCAUUAAUCCUUUCCCCAAAAAUCUCACCUUCCCAAAAGAUACCAACGUCACUAAACCAACGUUUCAAUUCAUAAUCAAUGUUUAUUGCUUUAUGUCUCUACUCUCUAAUUCCUUCUCCUUAAAAACCGCCCAACCCAGAUUCUUCCUCGCAUUUUCAUUCCUUUACGAAAUCAAUCACCUCCUGAAGCAGCCGAUUAGCCGAAAAUCAAAAUCAAUACGACAAUCCCUUAUUCCGCUCGCCUUCCCCUGGUUUCCACUUGGCGUCUUGGUGACUUCAGUCUUUACGCCGUCGCUCGGUAAUUGCCAAUCCGUAAGAAUUCCUCUUGUCUUUUGUUGAUUUUUAGCGUGCUGCCUCUGGAGAGUCGGUCCUCCGACGUCCCACCUUGAUACUCUGCUUCUGCUUGAGAAUGGCGAGUUUGGAGUCAUGGAGUUGGAGAAGGAGAAGCAAUGGGACCGCCGGGCCGACCAAAAUCCGAAUGGGCCUGGAGGUUGAAAUUUGGAAUGAAUCCGAAUGGGCUUGCACUGUAACCAUUUACCAAAUUUGUGUUUAUUUUUUUGCAGGGUUUUGUUUUUGGAAGACUGGUCAUUUGGGCGAGUGAAUCUGCCUAAUUUGUUUUGGGAAGAGUGGUCAUGUAUUCUAAUCAAAUUUAUGUUUAUUUUUUAGGGAUUUUGCUUGGAAAUUUGGAUUAGUACUAUUUGAUUUUCGAGUGGUUAUUGCCUGAGUGUAAUCAUUAAUUUUUGGUAACAACUUUAAUUAUGUCAACUAGAAAAUUUGAAUAAGGUAGUUCUAACUUCUAAGCGUAAAAAAAAGCAGAGGAUUGAGUUGUUAACUCAUUUUUUGAACUUAUGUAUUUUUUUUAUUUAAUAAUUUUUAUUUUUAAUAAAUUUUACGGGAAAAA